UAUAGCCAAAUCUCACCUCUCCCGGCCUGUCCAUGGGUCGUCAGGUCAGGACUGCCGUGCACACGCGUCACCCAUCCAGACGCAGCCGUCUCGCUCCGGCAUUCCUUGAUCCAUAGCCAGCUUCCUCCCUCGUCGCACAGUUCAAACAAACCAGCGGCUUCGUUCGCAGUUCUGAAGACGGGACGCAAGAGAGGGUUUGCUUUUAGCAGAAGAGGAGGGGGGCUUUAGCGCUUUAGUCUCUGCUUUCCCACACGUUUUAGCGAAGGCUUUAGGGCCUUAUUAUUUUUCUGCUUCUUUCUUUCUCCUCCUCGCUAAGCAACUGGGCGAGGGGAGGCUUAGAUAGCUGCAGCCUGCAGGUGCAGGGAAAAGCGAGGAGGUGAAGGCCAUAGGAUAAGAGGCAGCAGAGCUGCGAGCCCGAGAGAGAGACACCAGAUCACCUCUCCGUUUCUGUGUGUGUGCAAGUCUACAAGAGAGUGGAGAUUGGAGAACGGAAGAUGUCAGAGAGGAGGCAGCUGAUGCUUGUUCUCCUGGCAUUCUUGCAGCUCGUUCGACUUCCUUCUGCAGCGCCGCAGUCCUUCAUCGGCAUCAACUACGGCGACGUGGCCGACAACCUCCCGCCGCCGUCAGCCACCGCGCGCCUCCUCCAGUCCACGACCAUCUCUAAGGUGCGCCUCUACGGGACCGACCCAGCCGUCGCAUCCGCUUUCGCCGGCACGGGCAUCUCCCUCCUCCUCGGCGCCGCCAACGGCGACAUCGCCAACCUCGCUUCCUCGCCCGCCGCGGCCGCCGCCUGGGUCGCCGCGCACCUCCCGUCCAGCCCCUCGUCUCCGGCCAUCUCCGCCGUAUCCGUCGGCAACGAGGUCCUCUUCGCCGACGCCACGCUGGCCUCACAGCUCGUCCCGGCCAUGCAGAACCUCUAUGAUGCGCUGCCGCCCAACUCCAGCAUCAAGGUCUCCACCGUGAACGCCAUGGACGUGCUCGCGCAGUCCGACCCUCCGUCCUCCGGCGCGUUCAAGCCGGAGCUCGCUGCGGCGCUCGACCCGCUCCUGGCCUUCUUGAGCAAGACGGGCUCGCCGUUCCUGAUCAACCCGUACCCCUACUUCGCGUACCUCAGCGACCCACGGCCGGAGACGCUGGCCUUCUGCCUGUUCCAGCCCAACGCCGGGCGGCCGGACGCCGGCUCCGGGCUCACGUACACCAACAUGCUCGACGCGCAGGUGGACGCCGUCCGCGCGGCGCUGGACUCCAAAGGGUACAAGGACGUGGAGAUCGUCGUGGCCGAGACCGGGUGGCCGCACAAGGGCGACCCCGACGAGGCCGGCGCCACGGUGGAGAACGCGCGCGCGUUCGUGUCCGGACUCGUGUCCCACCUCCGCUCCAUGGCUGGCACGCCGCGCGUGCCCGGCAAGUCGGUGGACACGUACAUCUUCGCCGUGUACGACGAGGACCUCAAGCCCGGGAAGGCCUCGGAGCGUUACUUCGGGCUGUUCCAGACCAGCCUCACCGAGAUGUACCCGACGGGGCUGCUCGGGAACGGAACGGCCUGGUUGGGACCGGCCAUGGCGCCGGCACCAGCAACGACGACAUCAGUGCGGCCGGCGCCAGCACAAAUGCCAAUGCCAGGGCAGCAGCCGCAGGUAACUGCGGCACAGCCGGGCUCGACGGCGGCGGCAGGGCCUUCCAGUGUGUGCACGCCGGGGACGGGGACGGCGAGGGGGGCUGCCAGUGCUUGCUCUCAUCCUAAUGCUGCUGAAUCGUCUCGCACUUUCUCAGUGCUCCCAAUUAUUGCUGGUUUCUGGUUCAUAGCUUUGCAGAUGUUAAUAUUACCUUUUUCUUUAGACUUUUUCUGGCCAAUGUAUUGAGGUACCUUUCUUUAGACUUUCUGGUUCAUAGUAUUUCUGGUGCGUGGUUUCGCAAUGAAGUUUUGUUGCUCCGUUCCAAGUACCCGUCGAGACAACAAGAUGCAGCAAUGAACACGCUUCAGUACCAUAAAUAAAUUACCAUCGAUCUGGAUAUUUUGUAA